UGUAGAGCGCACACACACAAACUGAUCCUCUCACAUCCACACUCACAGCUGUUGAUUCUUCUCUCUCUCUGAUGAACGGCGAGGAUCCCUGUAGGAAGUUGAGGGAGAAAGCAGCUCUGCAAUUUGCACGCGACUCCACCAGAAAGCAUCUAAAUCGAGGAUCUGGAUUGACAAGUGCACUUAUUUGUUUUUACAGUUACUUCCUUGUUUUCCCUUGGUUCAUAUCCCGGUUUUUUAUCUCACAGCAUCUCUGUUGCUCUUACACUGAAUCAGUGGGAGUUUAUGUGAGAUUCCUGACAGCAAGUCAGCGAGGGAAAAGAGACAUGUGCUUUUCUCUUUGUUUUGCCAUCUACCACCACAGGCGAUUCUCUUUCAUUCACUGACCAAGGAGGAAGUAAAAGGUUUAAUUCAGAGCAGCAGCCCGUCAGUGAAGACGUGAGGCCAAACAGUAAUGAGUGUGGACAGCCACCAGGGAGUCGUGACCACUCCUCCCCCACCCAGUGGUGGGACGAAAGAGCGCUACUUUGAUCGAGUCAACGUCAAUGAUCCGGAGUACCGCAGAGCGAGGAACAUGUCGGCCGACCUCCGCCAAGACUUCAACGUUUUGGAACAGAAGAAACGGGUCACGCAGAUUUUACAAAGCCCUGCCUUCAAGGAAGAGUUGGAGAGUCUAAUUCUAGAGCAGCAGCGCAAAGGGAACAACCCCACCGGUUUGUUGGCGCUCAGGCAGAUUGCUGACUUCUUCAUGGCGAGUUCAAUGGCCGGUUACAACACUUCCCCACUCAGUUUGGGGAUGGUUACGCCCAUUAAUGACUUGUACAACGUCGAAGCAAGCACCAUGGUGAAAGGAGAGAAGCUUACACGUUGUAAACUGGCUAGCCUCUACAGACUGGUGGACCUUUUCAACUGGGCCCGCUUUGCCAGCUCCUACAUUACUGGUCGAGUCAGCAAAGAGCAAGAUCACAUCCUUAUCAUCCCCAGAGGACUUUCUUUUGCUGAGGCAUCUGCAUCAAACCUGAUGAAGGUCAACAUCAUCGGCGAGGUGAUCGAGCAGGGCUCCACCAACCUGAGCAUGGACUCAGUGGGUUUCAGCCCCCACGCUGCCAUAUACUCCAUGCGUCCAGACAUUCGCUGUGUCAUACAUGUUCAUACUCCCGCCACGGCUGCCGUGUCAUCUAUGAAGUGCGGCAUCCUGCCCAUUUCUCAAGAGGCACUCAUCUUGGGUGACAUCGCCUACUUCAACUACCAUGGCAGCCUGGACGAGCCAGCGGAGCGCAGAGAGCUGCAGAAAGCUCUGGGGCCUACCGCUAAGGUUUUGGUGCUGCGGAAUCAUGGCAUGGUCGCUCUGGGUGAAAGUAUGGAAGAGGCCUUUCACUACAUCUACAAUACACAAUCUGCCUGUGAAAUUCAGGUGAACGCCAUCUCCUGUGCUGGCAGCAUCGACAACCUGAUUGUGCUCGACCAGGAGGCUUGCAAAUCACGUGUGUUCGACGUGGCCUCAACAUUUUCCGAAAACAUGAGCAGUCCGUACAAGUGGAAAGUCGGCGAGCUCGCGUUUGAGUCUCUGAUGAGGAUGCUGGACAACCUGGGCUACAGGACAGGUUACGCCUAUCGCUAUCCCAUCAUGCGUGAAAAGCCGAGGCACAAGAGCGAAGUGGAGAUCCCCGCCACCGUCACAGCAUUCACUUUCGAAGAGGACGUGGACGCCACGCACUUUCCCUUCAAGUUCCUCCAGCAGCGGCAGCAGCGGGAGAAGACGCGCUGGCUCAACUCGCCCAACAGCUACACCAAGGUCAACGUGGAGGGUGGGGACGAGCGUUACAACCACAACAGGACAACCACAUGGAUGAAAGCAGAGGAGACUGGAACGCCGAUCCGAAUUGAGGACCCCAACCAGUUUGUCCCUCUCAACACAGACCCCAAGGAGGUGCUGCAGAAGAGGAACAAGAUUAGAGAGCAGAAUCGCUGUGAUGUCAUGACAUCAGGGCCGCGCUCUCACCACCUUGCUGGCAUCCCAGUUGAUCAACCACGGCGGCCUUACGUGCCCACAGAGGAGGACCAGAUGGCCCCCCUGCCUCCCAACCCUUUCAGUGAGCUGUCAGAGAAAGACUUGCAGGAGUAUUGCAAAAAUGUGGAAAGGAGGCAACUCGGUCUCGAUGGUGAACAGGAGCUAACCUCAGAUGACGGCUCCACACUCUCUCAAUCUCAGUCUCAGUCUCUCACCCAGUCACCACAAGACACUCCAGCUAAAGUCAACCACUCGGGCCUGAUGAAUGGCAAGGACAACCACCGCGACGUGGACGACGAGCUCUGCAAGCGGCUCAGCCAGCUGGACACCAGCGCAGAGAGUGUGGCGGUCACGAUGCACUCGGGCGACAAGAUUGAGGAGAUCUUGUCCCAGGAGAGCUCGCCCUCCAAGUCGCCCAGCACCAAGAAGAAGAAGAAGUUCCGCACGCCGUCCUUCCUCAAGAAGAACAAAAAGAAAGAGAAAAUGGAGGCCUGAAGGGCACCAAGAUGAUAGAAAGGGAGGAGUUUGGUCUUUUUUCUUGUCCUUGUUUUCCUUAUUUUUUUGUUUAUAAUCCUUUUCAGAGUUUUAUAUACAAAAGAAAUGAAAAAAGAGUUGAUAUGUAACAACAACAACAACAAAAAUCUUCCUCGGCAGGUGAAUAGGUGGCAUUAAUGUGAAACACGGAUGCAGCCCUUCCGACUAGGCUUAUCGACAUCCUCAACAAAUGGAUUAUCCUGUGCUGAAAUUAGAACUUUUAAAAGUACCGUGCAUUUUUUCAUGUUUAAAAAAAAAUGAAAUGACCAGGUUGAGAGUACAAAGCUGCACAUUUAAAAAAAAAAAAAAAAAAAGAGGAAAUCUCAUCUGAGGUGAGAGGCUGCAUGAUAGAUGACGUCACACUGGACAGCUGCUCCCACCCGUUUGUGUACUCCUCUUCUUGUUCUCGCGCUUCGACAUCACCAACAUACGAUAUGUUUACUGACCAAACUGGAGUCUGCACCAUUUAGCAUUUUCAUCUCAACAGAGCCACCAGGACACUGUAUAUUUAUGUAGCAUUUUCCUACUUACUUUUUGGGACAAACCGGAAUUUUUAGUGUAGUUGAAGUCAUCGCAUGAAAUUUGACCUUUUUUUUUUUAAUUGAACGUGCUUUUACUCAACUUCCUUUUGUACUCGUUUCUAAGCCUUUUCCAGGCACCUUUUUUUGUUUUUUUUUUAGGAGGGGAAGUGAUCGCUCACGCUAUAUUCUGAAGUAGAGUGCAUAAAUAUAACAGAUAUAUAUGACAACUGGAUAUAUCAGCUCUAGAUUUGUAACUAUAUAUUUUUUUAUUUCAUUGUGCUGCACUUUCCUUCUGCUGCAGUGUGGGAUGGUUUCACCGGUGAGGGAGAUUGUGAAGUCGAAUUUGGUCAAAAUUGAGCAGGUAACAGAGCAAAACUUUGUACGACUGAGCCAAGUGGAGACCCAGAAAGUGAAAUUAUUUGAUGAAGGAAAACAAAACAAAGGCUUUUCAUGUGCAAAAUUCUUUCUGCACUCAGCAAAAAUAUACGUUCAAAAACAGGAUGUGUAGUGCUGAUAUGUGUCAUUUCUGCAGUUGCCAGCUGAUUUGAGAAUAACAGGAGUAUUAGGGUCAUGCACGGGAGAUAAAAAGCUCUAAUUUUAGAAAAAUGGCCAUAUUUUCACACAAAUGUUGGCAUCGGAAGGACUUAAUAAUUGUUCAAAACAUUUCAAGUCAUAUAAUAAAUCAGUUCAUCGAAAAUUUUAUUUUUUUUCACCUGCACUGAAAAAAGUACUGAUUUUUCAUAUCAGCUGCAGAUGAUUAAAAUGUGUAAAAAUGAUCUCACUUUCCACUCAUCUCAAAAAUUAUACAAUAAUAUGCAAGUAUGUUAGCAUAACACAUUUUAAUCAUGUGCAAUUGAUCUACAUGUUUGACUUGAUCUGAGUCAGAGGAUUUUUUUUCCCACCUUUGACGUCAUAAAGUGAAGUUUUUCUGGAAAAACUUCAUUUUGUAAAUACUAUAAUUUUUCCCUGUACUUGUAAAGUCAACUCAUAGUAUUCAACUUUAUUCUGGUCAAAUAAAAAAGAUCUAUUCUUGUAAAACUAAAAAACAUCUUAUUCUUGUACAUUUCAACUUCCUUCAUGUUUUUUUUUUCAUCCACCCAUUGAUUUUCUAUACUGCUGAUCCUCAUUAGGGUCACCGGCAUGCUGGUGCCUAUGCCAGCUAUCUUCAGGCGCACCCUGAACUGGUCGCCAGCUAAUUGCAGGGCACCAUUCCCACCUAGGGGCAAUUUAGAGUGUCUAAUGAAUGCAUGUUUUUGGAAUGUGGGAGGAAACCGGAGUGCCCGGCAAAAACCCACGCAGGCACGGGGAGAGCAUGCAAACUCCACACAGACUGCAAACUCUUCUUUUUUUUUUUUUUUUUUUUUUUUUUCUUGUUGAGUGUGGCCCUAAUACUCCAGUCUAGAGAGAAGUAUGUCCGGCUGACUUUUGUAUAGUGUUGAUAUGUUUGUGUGAGAGUGUGUAUGAUAUAAAGCCAUAUUGUACUGUUUAUGGACAAUGUGUUGUGAUCCAAAGUGUGGCUUCAAUGACCCUGACAGGACCUCUUUUUGAACCCCCCCUAAUCACUGCAUGGCCCUCGCUCUCAGGCUCAAUGAGAGCACCCUGCUUUACUCCUUCCAACGCAGCUUUUCAGGUGCACAUUCAAUCCCUCUGUAACUCCCCCUCGUGCAACAUUUUAGGCAAAUGUAAUAUCUGUCAGAUGCCCUCCCCUUAGCCCCUUCCCUGCCAGGACGCAACAUGUACUAGCACCAGAACCAUCAUUGUAAACAAGUAGAUAUGGAGGGACGGCUCCAUGUUUAGUCGUGUCCAGUACAGUUCUUGGUUUUGGCCAGCAGCUGGCUGGAGCGCAUGCAUGUGAAAGAAGGAGAAGGGAGGAAGUGAUUCUUGCACAAGCGAACACCGGCAUGCAUCAGCAUUUUUUCUUUAUUGCAUCCCUCACCUUUGACAUCUUGCAUUUGUAUGGCUUUUUUUUUUCAUUUGCUCUUUAAGCAUUUUAUGAGCACCAAUUGCUCCCAGAUGAACUGAAUGUGCUUCAUUUUGACUUUGGUUUCCUUGCACCUUGCGUUACUAAUGCCUCCUAAUCCACAUUCUGUUUUACAAAAAGUUUGCUCUGGCGUGCCACAAUGAGCCAAGCGACUUUGUAACCUGUGAACACCCCCUCAUGGAAAAGCUAAUUUAAUGGAGUUUGCUUUCAGAAGUAUCGCUAAUCAGUGUACAUUCACAAAUAAACUGUAUUUUACCUAAAUGAAAGGUCAUUCUCAUCUUUUUCUGCAUCCACCUCAUAAUCCAUACACAAUCAUGUUCUUCUGCACCAGUUGUAAAAGUGCGCAGUUCAGUUAUUCAUUGUAGGGCUAAAAAUUGGACUUGGUCUAUUGUGAACUGGAAAAUAACUGGUUCUUUUUAUUUGUCUUGGAUGGGAAUGCAUAUACUUGUGUUGAGCGUUCAAAGGUUGAGUCCAACUAAUAACAAACAAUGGGAGAAUGACAAUAACUGGCACAGGAAAUCUAGACGGUCUUGACAGGAAUACCAAAGCCAUGAGAAGAGAGGCCUUGACAAUAUCAUGGGAGACUUGCACACCCUUCGUUGCCCUCCACAUAAUUGCAUGUGGUUUCAAAAUAAACGUCGUUAAAUCUGCACAGCCGCUUUGCACCAUUUCAUUCGUGUUAGGGCCAAUAUAACAACGACGUGACUUAGACUCAUUCAUUGUCUUGAAAAUGUCUUACUAUGAGUAGCCGAACAUAUGCAACCAUACCAGGACGAUACUAAGUAGGUAAUAGUUUUAUAUACGAUAACAACAUUCAAUGGAAAAUCUCAUUUGUAUGUGUGUGAAAUGGAGACGUCUAAGAGGCACUUUAUUGUAAUAUUGACUAUUUUGUCUGCUGGAAGUUUCCAAAUAUAUUUCCGUGCCCUUGAAAGGCCAACACAGACUUCCAAAGAUCGGCCCUCACCCCUGUGCAGUUCUGUGCUACUACUCAACGGCUGCAUGACUUGGUUUUGCACAACCAGUGUGCCUUGACUGCAUUGGCACCCGCUCAAAAUGUGAAUCCAAAUGACUUGUUGUAACCUUGCCGAAAUAUUCUUGAUGACCGUAAUAGUUUAGGCACGGCUAUAGAAUCUUUUCUACAUAAUAAAACGAUUGGAGUGUGAUGAAAAGCAUAGAAAAGGGGAAAAAUGUUGAUUGAAAAGUCAUGAUACUUAGGGGAUGAAUGUAAAUCUGUGUGAGAACAGUUGGAGAUGUUCUCACGUUACAAUUUAAUAUUAGCUUGUAUUAUGCUAUAUACAAUAUUUAUGUACUGUAAGUCAACACCUUAUAUGUAAUAUGCACAGUAUGAUUGUGACUCUUGUUGUAUUUUAUUUGUUUAAAAUAACUAAAAAAUUGUUUGUUAUACUGUAUUGCAUUGCAAUUUUACUGUCAUUACAAAUGUUUUCUCAUAAUGUGGGUUUCUUGUAAUUUGCCCCUCCCUCAUUUUCUACAUUAUGACUCAGUGACCUUUUUUCUUGUAAUGUUACAACUUUAUUCUCAUAAUAUUACUAGAUCUAAUGGAGUCACACUUGUUUUCAUCCCAGGAUUUCAGUUAUAACGGUGGCAUUACAUGAAUGUAUAAGCACUAGGGGUGUGCAGUAAUGGUAUGCCGAAAAUGACAGUUUAGUCAUGCUGUUUCAAAUGAACGAAUGUUUUAUAUUUUGCCAAAAGCAGGCCAAUAAUCAAGAUGUCCGCUAGCCAGAACUAAUGUGCACUGUGUUUGGUGACCAACUAGGCCAAAACCCAAGGCAUUUCUGAGCAUAUUUUAUCUUACUUUACAGGUUGCACUUUAGAAUGUUGCUAUCUCACAUGUAUGAGACGAAAAAAUUAUGUCGUCCGGCACAAGCAUGAGCCAAAAGGUUAUUUUCCGGUUGGCAGUAUGCGGAAAGUUAAGGCAGAAACUUAAAUCCGCUGCGGCCCCAUUAGAAAGGCGUCAAAGAGGGAGUGAGAACAUGAACUGGACCAGACCCAAUUUCUCUUGUCAAGACUUUGUGAAGAAUCACGACUGUCUCUUCUGUGUAUUAUUUACAACACCCUACGAGCCUGGACACCUCGCCACUUGAUUUGGC